AUGGCCACUCUCACCAUGACUCCCACACGGCAACCCUUGGGUUGCAUCGAUACCAUGCGUCCUUUGAUGUCAAAGCUGAACCGUCAAAGCAAUGCUGGUCCCAAGUCUAUGAAACCCAACACCAUCUUUGUCGACUCAGAGAACAUCGACCCCUCUAAAAUCUCCUCAAAGCGCAAGCGCAGCGGUGACGACGAAGAACCCACAGCAUCCAAGCCCAAGACCUCCCGCAUAGCUCUUUCCACCGUCUCCCCACGUCUCUCUACCCCCUUGAGAACCACCCAGUCCCUCUCAACACCAAAGUCGGCGCCAAUUCUCAACCCUGCAGGUCGCUCUCCGCCACCAAAGUCCAGCAAGCUCGGUCGCCGCUCAGCCAUUUCCAAGCCCCGCUCGGCAUCAUCCGGCAAGCGCGCUGUUGCACGGCCGUUCUCGCUCGCUUCGGCGCUCCAGGCAUCGUCUUCUCCCAAGCCUGCGCCCAAGGCUCCUAACUCGUGGUUCUUUGAUAUCCAUGUCGACUCGGAGCAGGACGAGAUGACCAACCUGAUGCAACACUCGACUACUGUUCUGGAUAUCAGCGACGACGAGGGCAAGGCUGUUCACAAUGAUAGCCGCGGAAAGGAAAACAUUCCUCCCGCUGAACUGGGGAACGAGCUUCCCAGCGCUCCUGUGACUACUACUGCUGUCGCUGCCUCUGCUCGCAAGGAAUCGAAGAUGGAGGAGGACCGCGCCCCGCUUGGGGAGCUUGAUGCUGCCGACUUCUAUGCCGAGGGCUGCACUGCCUGUUCUUAUGUGGUUGUCCACGAGGAGCCCGUUGAGUUCAAGAAGCCCUCUUCGCCUCUGGCUCAGAGUCAGGAGGCUCUCUCUACUUCCAUUGCGUCGGUUCUGGAAGCGGUGACUGCCAAGGCGGAGGCUGAAUCCCAGAGUGCGGAUAGCUCAGUCUCGGAUGAAAACACGGCGCCUUCUUCCUAA